ACUACUCGCAGAUUGCCUAGAAACGCGUGUGAAGUGUGAGUGCACGUUAUUUUCAAGUUACCUUGGUUUGGCAACGUUGUAGUGAAACAGGUGUAAUGGUUUAUUGUUGUGACAAGUGUAUUGGGCAAUUGGCAUGUAACCUUUAAAGGGAUUUGGAAAUCAAUAUUAUUUCAAAACCCAUGUCUUUAACCGAAGUAGUUAGGAUAUUUCUAGUAUUUUAUAUGUGAGGAUGUUUUUCCUGCCAUAAAAAGAGAUGCACAAGUAUCUAAAUAUUUUGUUAGCCCACAGACAAACUGAUUGGCACAAUGGCAUUAACAGAGGUGGAAGAUUUAAUGUCCAGGCCUUUGGUUUCAUGGUUCUGCUCAUGCUUGGAUAGCUCGGACACAGUGACUGAUUACGAAGACCUUGCUGAUGGGGUGCUGAUUUAUAAAGUGCUUUUGCAAAUUGAUCCUGAGCCGGUUCACCAUGGAGUCGUACCUAGCCUGGGAAACACCCUGGUCAGGAUACGAAACAUGGACAUCAUCAUCAGGAACAUUAAGACACUCUAUGAGGAGGAGUUCUGCCAGGUGGUGCUGGCGCUGCCCGACUCGGUGCGCCUGGGGCAGGUCCCCACGAGCAGGGCGGGCAUCGAGGACAUGCAGCUGCUGCUGCUGCUGCUGCUGGGCUGCGCCGUGCAGUCGCCCAGCAAGGAGCUCUUCAUCGAGCGCAUCAAGCAGAUGAGCGUGGACGACCAGCACGCCAUCGUCGAGUGCAUCAAGCAGGUGACGGACCAACAGGAAAUAGUGCUGACUCAAGAGGUGUCCGAACUCCUGCAACCGGACCUCAUGCUGAAGCACAUUCGCCGACUUGUUCGCGAGCGAGACAAAUACCUGCAGAACUGGACGGGCAUGGUGACCCAGGAGAGAGCCGACGCGGUGCUGGGGGACUCCCCCACGGGCAAGAAGGUGACCAGUCCCCUCAACGGCAGCGACUCCCAUCAUCUGUCGGUGGAGCUGGCAGACUGGAAGGCUCGCUUCAGGAAGCUGCGACAGGAGCUGGAGGAGAAGUCUGAGGCAUUAGCAGAGACUCGAGAAGAGCUGGAGGACUAUAAGUUAAAGGUCACCAAACUUAAACAAGAGGUGCAGGAGCUGACCCGGGAGGCGCGGGCCGCGAAGGCCUACCGGGACGAGCUGGACGCCAUGAGGGAGAGGGCGGAGCGGGCGGGCCGGCUGGAGCUGGAGGCACAGCGCUACCGCGAGAAGCUCGGCGACUUCGAGUUCUACAAGACCAGGGUCGAGGAGCUGCGCGAGGACAACAGGGUGCUGCUGGAGACGCGGGAGAUGCUGGAGGAGCAGCUGGGGCGGGCGAGGCAGCGCGGGGACCAGGCUCUCGCCCUCGAGGCGGAGCUCAUGAGGCACCGCCAGGAGAUCAACGACCUCACCAUCGACAAGGACGUCACGGAGGCCAGGCUGCGCCAGCUCUUCGAGGAGAACGCCCAGCUCAGGCUGCUGGUGCAGGCCUCGUGCCCCCUGCAGCCGCCGUCUCCCGGCACGGAUGGCGAGGCGGAGAGCCUGGAUGCAGGUUCCGGGAGCAACAGCCUCUCGGAACAGCUGACGACCAAUGCCCAGGCGCGAGCCUUGAAGCUGGAGCUGGAGAACCGCCGCCUCUUGUCCACCAUCGACAGCCUCAAGGAAGAAUCCUUCCACCAGAGCAACUCUCGCAUCCUUGACCUUGAGAAGGACAAGAAGCUGCUUUCGAUCAAGCUGGAAGAGUUGCAGGAGUCCUGUGAGAGGUUGACACAGCAGAACAGUGACCUAGAGAAGAUGUUCAAAAAUGCUCUGGGCGAGAACAAACUGCUCCAUGAGUCGGUUGAGAAAAUCACUGCUACCAACAACAAGCACAUUCAGGACCUGCAGGCCAGCAAGCGGCAGGCGGGGGAGCUGGAGGCGGGCCUGGCGGGCGCGCGCGCGGAGAAGCAGCGGCUGCAGCUGCAGCUGGCCGACCUGGAGCGCCGGCUGGAGGGGAACUGCGCGCAGCUGGAGCGCUGGCGGGGGGAGGCGGGGCGGGCGGCAGAGCUGGAGGCCCGGCAUGCCCAGCUCCUGCAGCGGUCCGAGGCGCUGGAGAAGGAGGUCCAAGGGCUGCAGCGCGAGCUGGCCCGGGCUCGCCAGGCCGUGGAGGAGAAGGAAGUGGCUCUGGACCGCUGCGCUAGCGAGGCAGAGGCCAAGGAGAAGGAGCUGACCCAGCUCGCUAAGGAGCUCAACGAAGCUGGGACUCAAGUCUCCAAGCUGCAGGGGCUGGUGCGGGACGGCCAGGAGGCGGCCCGAGGCGCCGCGGCAGACCGGGACGCCCUGGCCGCCCUCCAGGCGAGGCUCAUCGCGCACAAGAAGACGGAGCAGCAGGCCCGGCUCGCGCUGGAGAGGAUCGGCCUGGAGCUGGAGCAGCUGCUGGACCCGGACACCCUGCUGGAGAGGCUGGCGGGCAGCGCGGAGGUGCGGCUCAAGGUGAAGGAGCUGCUGGCCCGGGAGGGGGAGGAGCCCCAGGGGCGGGUGGAGAAGGAGACCAUGGCCCACGACGACGGGCUGGGGGCGCUGCAGGGGGAGAACGCCCGCCUGCAGGUGGAGGUGGCGACACUGCAGUCGCAGGUGACGAGCCUCGCCACCCAGCACACCGCCUUGCAGCUCGCCAACUCCCAGCUGGCCGCCGAGAAGGUCCAGCUGCUGAAGGAGCGGACGGCGGAGCGGAGCGCCCACGAGCAGCUGGCCCAGGACCAGGUGAUGCUGCGGGGGCUGCACGAGGCCCUGGCGGGGCAGUACGAGGCGCUGGCCCGGGAGAGGGACGGGGCCCGGACCCAGCAGAGGGAGCUGCGGGCCGAGGUGCGCUCCCUCAGGCAGCAGCUGUCGGAGCAGGAGGCCGAGCAGGCGCGCUGCCGGGACGACCAGGAGCGGCUCCGCUCCCUCGACGGCCUGCGCACCGAGCACUCCCGCCUCAAGGAUGACUUCCGCAACCUCUUCACGGCCAGCGAGAAGUUGAAGCACGAGUACCGCACGCUGCAGGACCAGCACCGGGCCCUGCGCGUGGAGGCGGGAACCCUCAAGCUGCGCAGCGUCGAGCUGAAAGGCGAGCUGGCAGUGCGCACCGACCAGCUCACUGCUCUCGAGGUCGACAUGUCCAAGCUCACCAACCGCUGCAAGCUGCUGCUGCACAUGAACAGUGGGCUGGAGGAGGACCGACGCUCCCUGAUGGACCACGUGUCCCGGCUGCUGUCCCAGUACCACGAGCUGCUCACCCACUCGCUGGAGGACAAGGAGCACCACCACUUGGAGGAACGCCUGUUCACGGACAAGGUCAACAACCUGUGUCGUCAGAAGGAGAAGCUGGAAGAGAAAAUCAUGGAGCACUAUCGCAAAAUGGAAAGCUGUUCCACCAAGAAGAAGAGUUUUGGUGCUUCGCUGGUAAGGCGAGUUAAGAAAGCUGGGUCUGAUCUCAUCAACAAGGUGCCUAGGAGUCGGCAGUCGUGGCACGAGGGCUCGCAGCAGGAGGAGGGCGUGAAGCUGACCAUGUCCCACACCCACCCCUGCAUCUCGGAGCCGGAGAUCGAGCUGUGCUCCAGCUCGGAGGAUGUGCGCCCGCCUUCCGCAGCAGACGGGGAGCGCGACCCGGACAGCCUGGCGCAGAGCACGCUGAGCCUGGGGAGCACCGGCACCAGGCGCGCCGUCUACUACACCGGCGACAAGAGCCAGUCCCGCGACGCCAGCCCCUCCGGCAGCCAGACACUAGCAGACAGAGAAGAGGCUGGAACACCUACCAACCAAUCCUCACCCGCAUCCUCAUCACAAAAUGGACAGAGCGACAGGUACGUGGUGUACAACAGAGUGACGACGGUGGUGGGAGCCGAGGGGCCCCGCAGUGGCAGUCCCGGGACGCGGGCGGCCAGCCCCGGGCAGGCGAGCCAGACGCCGUCCAAGGCCGGCUCGGACGACGCGGGCCGCAAGGCCGCCGGCAAGGAGAAGGCCAAGGAGAGCUCCAUCUGGUACGAGUACGGCUGCGUGUAGCACCUCGGGUGGUGCGUCUGUCAUUUCACACCGGCAGAAAAUAAUUAUUAUCAUUCUAUUGAAAAGGGCUUUGAAAAAGUUGUCGCUGAUGUCACCUACCGAAUGUGCCCUUUUAAUAUGAUCUCGUCGCUGUGCCUCUAAUGUUUUGCUGUGGAACCUCAUUCUGAACUACCCCACUUUAAGGUAUUGAUUUUCAAUUCCCUACGAGAUGUUGUGCAUUUAAUAACAUCUCAUUGUUAGGUAUUUACAUUAUUAAGUACUAAUCAGCAGGAUUUCUGGUACGUUGUAAUGAGAUUUCACAGUUCUGUUCCUUCUAUGAUGAUGGCUCUCUAUUUACAAGAUGUUCCAUUCUUUACUUUUUUCUACUUUUUUUUUUCUGAUGCGGCAAUAAUGCAGCUGUGGCAGUUUAUUAUUUUUAUUUGCAAGGUGUGUGAAAUAAUAAUCAAUUUUUAUUUAUGUAUAAGUAUGUCGUACAAAACUGUAUCAUGUUAUUCUGUAAGCUUGUGAAGUGAAAAUAAGUUUUAGCUGUCUGUUAUACUAAGGGGUGUUUUUAUACAUUUUAAGCGUACAUUAAUGUUAGUGGUUUUUUCGAAAUGUAUAUGCAAGUCUGAUGAUUGUUGAAUUACUAUAAAUAUGUGUAAAUAGCAGUUUUAAAAACCAAUUUGGAACAGUUCAUAUGUAUUUACAAACAAAAAUUGUGCCUAAUGGUAACCUCAUUUAGGUUCAAAAUUUAACAAUUGGAGCAAGUUAGCAAAAAAAUUUCAUUUGAGUUUGUAGUAGAGUGAACUAUGUAUUUUACAAUUCAAGGCAUUUCAGAUUUAUUUCAUACUGAAACAGUAACUAUUAACUACGUAUUAAGGCUUUGGGACAGUGUCAGUGUGGAAGAAUUCAUCUUCUACCUUCCACCUGUUUCAUGGCAGAUGUUGGGGCUGAUAACUGUAAAGGCCUUCUGGUGUGCCAUUCCUGAGUAAGCUCUGGUGUGUCAGUUCCAGCAGAUGUGCUCUCUGUGGCACAGUGUUGCCAACUGUUUGGCUCUGUUUGCGAACAGGGGGGUGGGUGACUUGUGAUAGGCUGAUGAAACCACGAGUUAUGUUUUGUGCCUGUGAAAAUGUGUUUGGUUUGAAAUGCGUGUGAUCAGAUUUUUUUUACGUAAAAAUAACAUUAAUAUGUUAAUGGGUGAUUAAACAUCUGGAUUAUUUAAUUUUUAUUUCUUCACUGAUAAAUACAUUUUCAAAGAAACAAAUGGAAUGUAUGAAUACCAGGAUGGGCAUGUUGAUUCUUCGGUACUUUGAUUCCACUGAGUCUACCUGGAAUCGGAACUGUCGAUUCACAAGCUGUAAGGAAUUGUACCAUAUAAGGAAAAUGUAUCAUAUUUAAGGUAGGUCAUAAGAAACUGUCGAUAAUUUGGAUGUGAAAUGGAUUCACAUAAAUUAAGUGAUUCUUGCCACAAUUGCCGUAUUUUCUGGCCAGUAAGCUACAAUGUUUGCGCAAAUCGCCUAGCACUAAUAUACAAAAGUCGUGGUACAUUAUUUAAAGGUUAGAUUACAACUGCAAUCACCUAUAAACUACAACACUGUACUAACAAAAGUUAGGUUUCUGUAUUUAUGGGGAAAAAGGUGUAUCUUUAUUUCAAUAUAAUAUUAUUUCAUCAAUAAAAUAUUAACGUAACUUUUUUCCUCUCUCUUACACAUAAUAUCUUUCACUUCCAACAUCUGCAAGAGCAAUCACUAGUCAUGAUGAAGUAAAUAUUUAAAGCAUUAUUUUUUUAAAAGCAUUUAUUCUAUUCCAUUCUUUCGUAUACUAAAGCUAAUGUCUCGUAAUAUUUUUGAUACGUUUAUGUAAAUAUUUUUGGCUCAAAUGAAGUUAUUUUAAAAUAUGAUUUAUGCAUAUAUAAAGUUAUUAAAUGCCUAAGAUUUAUUGUUUGUGCAUAACAUGUUGCUACCAUGUGUAAACAAAUUAUUUUACACAAUGCACUGUUUUUAUGUUUGUGUUGAUGUUACAUUUACCGUCACCCCGAUAACUUGCGUUAUUAAAUCUAUUGUGAAUUUGAAUCAUGAUAAACAGAAAAUAUCUCAUAAUUAGAGACAGGUGUUUUCGGUGAAAAAAUUUGCACAAUUUUGUUACUUUUUACGAGAUGAUUUCGGUAUAUUUUUCGCUAUUUUAUCAGUAGUUUCAUCAAAAAUUUCGUUGUUUUUAAAACUUCAAUAUGAGGUUUAUAAAUAUAAGUUUACAUGAUUGUGUUUAAUAUGUCAUUUAAGAGUAGAACUACACAGUUUCAUACAUAACUUUACCAAAUAUUUGCACAGAACAAGCAACAAUUCAACAACUAUGCAGAGCAUUUCCGUAUUCUACUGGCAGACGGCAAGUUCCCAGCGCCUUAAAAAAAAAAGUGGUGGAUAAUUAAAAUGUGUUGUAAAAUUUUUACUGUAACAUAAUUAAAUGUAACUCUCAUUUCAAGAGUAGGUAGGCCUAACAAAAUUUAUUUUCGUAACGUUCUGUUUAUCUGCUUAAGAAUGCACAAAACUGUUAAAAUAUUGUACGCCCUACUUACAAUGUACUUGUGCAUCCAUUGACGAAGUUUCGGGUCAUCCAGUUUUUAAAUCAGGAAUUUCGCUUCGAUAAAAGCUCGAGUUGUUGACAUAAUGAACUCAUUCUUGUCAAAUUUUGCUUUUUUUGCCGUCAACAAGGCUGAUUCCAGGGAAACUUGCCUUUUUGCACCGGAUUGUUGACUUUCCUUGUUUUUGUUAUGCGACGCACUGUUUUUUUUUAUGUGUUUCAAGCAUGUGUCUUUCCGUUGCCACUCUAUUCUAUCGUUGCAGUACUUGCACAUGAGAAUUUUUUGCACUUUGUCAAAGACGUAGAAUCCUUCACUCGCAAACUUCGCCGCCCUGUCAAAUACUGUCACAACCAUUUUAAAAUCAACGUUUUACAAAAAGAAACAGAGCAAAAAGUUUGAUUACAUCCACGCCAUUUUAACAAACUGUGGCGAGUGGCGACUCUGGUGAGGCGAUAGCGCGACACGAAUACGACUUCCUAGACUAUUGAAAUUCGUUAACAAUCAAUUAUAAUCGACUACUGUUAUCGAGUCAUCAAAAUACGGACAUUUAGCUAUUUUCAGUGUGUUUUUUCUUAAUUUUUUUUUCAUGAUUUCUCCAAGUAAUUGAUAAUUUCGCGUUUUUAAGUUUAUGUAUAUUAAUUUCGUUAAUAUUUCGCGAUUUCGCGCAUCGCGAAAAACACCUGUCUCUACUCAUAAUCAGUUAGUGUUUUAAUGUCAGUGUAAAUCAAGUGAAACACUAAAAGAAUACUCUUACAAAUUAAUUAUUCCAUAUAUAUUUAUAUAUCUUUUGCUUCCCAAAACAAUGAGAGAUUACAAUAUAUUUACCUGUGAUUCUAAUAUGUAUCUGAGAUAAGAUUGAAAAUAAAUAGCUACUGACUUGAGAAUUAUAAUAAAACCCUGUAUUCUGUUUAAUGAACUUGUAUGGAUGUAACACCGAGAAUUACAAUGAUUAUAAAAAAAAUAGAUUUUACACUAUUAUCUCAAUGAUUAAUGAAGAUUUUAGACAUUAGCAUUACCAUUCAAAUUUCACCUCAGCUCUUAAACAUUUCCAACCAGGUAAACUAUUAAGUCACAUACAAAAGAAAAAAUCAUGUAAAUUGUAUUUUCUAUUAAUAGAAAAAUUAUUAAAUGCAAAUAAAAAAAUAGCUAAGUUCAAUGCAGUAUAGCAGCAUAAGAAACUAUUAUCUAUAACAAGGUAUUCUUAUAGGUGUGUAGAUUAAUGCAGAAUCAUAUCUUGUAGUUUUGUGUUAAGAUAAUAUAGAACACCUGAAGUUAGGAAAUAUGUUAUAUCUGCAGUAAUAUUUAAAAUAGGUUGGAUCAGUUAUAAUGGGAAUGCUAAUACCAAUUGAGCAAUUAUAACAACACUUUUACACAAUUCCUUUACCAUAAUUUUACAUACCAUUUGGUGCUGGGAACAAGCUUUCAUCAAGCACGUAAAAGGAUAUUGUAGCGUUUUCAAUUCUACACCAUUCAGUUGUCAUUGGACCAUUUCUACGAUGCUAGUAGAUCAUUAUUUUCGGGUAGCAGUUGCAAACUGUCUAUGAAACAAUUACAAGUCAAAGUCGAUAUAUGCUGCAGAGUUGACACACGAACGUGUAAUAUGUAGCUUUAGAUAAUAAUUGCAGAACAGUAACACAUUAUAGAGAUUGUAGCUUUAGAAAGUCUUUGUAGAACAAUUAUCCUUGAUGACAGCAUUUUAAACCUAGGUUCUACAACAUAAGUUUGUAGAAGGAAGUAUGACUAUAAAGUCUUUAAAUUAUUAGUUCUCGAAGUUAUAUCAAUUCUUCUUAAUAUAAUAUUGAUUAUAAAAAUUAAUGAACAGUAACUGCUUUAUAUAACUCUAUAAAUUCAAAUUAUCUUCUGUUGUAUCACUUCCAAAUCAAAUAUGAACUUCCUUUCCACAAGACUUAUCAGAACAUUCUAAUUAGAAAAUUCUCUAACACCUCAAAAAGUUCUUAAAUCAACAACUGUCUUUUUUUUUCAUAAGCAAAUAUUGUAUUUUAAAGUCAUGGAAUAAAAUGUUUUUUCUUUUGAUUUUUUUUCCUGUGGAUAUGAUUACAAAUAUUGCCUAGGUCAGGAUGAUUAAAAAAAAAUUAUCAAAACUUUACCAAAAUGAAGUGUUUCUCUAUGAACUUGUCUAAACCAUGAAUAUAUUCCAAUUUUGUGGAAAGUAACUUUGUAAAACAAAAAACAAGACUUUUAAAAAAAGUAUGACAGUAGAGAGGAAUUUCACAAGAACACAAAUUCAUGGAUUUGUAAAAUUGGGAAUAAGAGUUGAAAUUGAACUAGGAAUUGAGGGAAAUUGUGGGAUUUGAAUCGGGAUCGAAGAAAUGUGGAAUCUACCCAUGUUUAACUACUACACAUUUGCUUUAUUUUAAGUUGGCUAGUAUACGACUUAUAAUACCUUGCCACCUAUAUUACCUCACAUCUGUAUUUUUUAACUUUCAUAAGUGUGCAGUGUUUUUAAACAACUAAAACAUAUUAGUUUAUACCGCAGGACAACUUAUAACUACGAGAACACAUGUUGGUACAUUCUGUUGGCGGUUGUGCACUAUGUCAUAAUUAGGUGGGCUGUGCACUAUGUCAUAAUUAGGUGAGACUUGCAUUAUUUCAUUGAAUGAUUCUUGAUUUUUCCAUUUAUUUAAUUCACAAUUUCCAGGGUGUCUACUGACCCUGGAAAACCUGGAAAACCUGGAAAUAUCAGGGAAUUUUUUUAAAAAUCAGGGAAUUUUUGUUUGGUAGGUUGUAGUUGGCAAUACAUUUUUUGUUUAUUGAUCAGCUUGCAUUGGCGUGGCAUCAUGUGUAUCCCCUCCCAUUUUUAUUUUUGAAUGGCAAAUAACGAACAGUUCCCACGUCCAAAUUCUUUUAUUUACCAUCAGAUUCGGAAGUGGCAUCAAAUCACGUGAUACAAACUGGUUCAAGAUGGUCUGUUAUCCUGCUGACGUGACGUGCUGCAGCAUGUGCUUCCCAUGUUCAGAUUAUACCGACAGGUGCAUUUAAUUUUAAGUAUCUAGGUAUGGAUGCCCUCAACGUAAACUGGACAUUUUUGUUAGCGUUGAAAAUACAUAUCACCGACACUUUUGGUGAAGAUUCACCAUCUUUGCUAGAAAUUGGUAGCUGUGGGGUUCAUACGGUCCAUGGUGCUUUCAAAACUGGAAUUUCUGUUACACAAUGGGACGUUUUUAGUUUUUUGAGGCACAGUUACUAUUUGUUUAAGCACAUAUCUGCAAGGAGGGCAGAUUACAUUAGAAUAACUGGAUCAGAGCUUUUUCCCAAUAAAUUUUGUGCAAUCAUAUGGAAUACUGCAGUUGCUGAGCGUGCCAUGAAAACGUUACCCCACCUAAAGAAAUUGGUUAGUGAAGUUUCUAUUUCAUCUCUUUCUUUCAGUGUAGUGAAAUGUGCUCUUGAAGAUAAUCUUCUAAAAGUAAAAUUGACAUUCUUCCUUUUUUUGGCAUCAGAGCUGGAAUUGUUUCUCACAAUGUUCCAAAGUGAAGCACCCAUGGCACCUUUUCUCUAUGAUUCACUGGUUUUAUUAGCUUUGGCAGGAAAAUUUUGAAACCAGAAGUACUGAAGAGCUUUAGGGAGAAACGCAAUGUAUCUCCAUUGGAUGUAGAUAACCAGGAAAAUCUAUUGACUGCUAACCAUAUCAAGUUGGGUUAUGCAGUACGCCAUGCCAUCAAGAAAGAGAAAGUACCAGAAAAGUCUGUCCUGUUACAGAAAAAUGAUAGGACUUGUCUAAAGGUUAUGGUAAAAAAACUUCAAGACAAAAGUCCCCUGAAGUACAAUCUUACCAAGGGAAUUUCCUGCUUAUGUCCGUCUGUGGCUUUAAAUUCGGGUGUGAGGAAACAGCGUGUGAAGUACAGUUUAGAAUGUUGUCUUCAAAACAGGUGGCUAUCAGGACAAGAAGCUGAUAACAUUGAGUGAUCAUAUCAGUUGGCAUGUUCCUUGCAAGAUUCUGCAGCACUGUUCUCGUCUUUUUCUCGAGAAGACGGGCGCCUUGAUCACUUGUGGAUGCUCAUUCUUAAGGCAUAUACAGUAGCUUCCAAAACAGGCCUUCUAAAGUUUGUGAGGAUGGUGUUGGUACUUUCCCAUGGAAAUGCAUCAUUGGAAAGAGGAUUUUCAGUGAAUUCUAAUCAGCUGACUGAAAACUUGCAGGAAGAAAUACUGAUCGCACAAAGACAGAUGUAUGACUUUGUUCAACGUUCUGGAGGUGUAGAGCAGUAUGUAAGAAAUGCUAGUUGUAGGCGUAAGGAAGCCCUGCAAACAAAACAAAAAGGAAAGGAAGCUACAGACAAGAAGAAGGCAGAAAAAAGAAGAGUUGAAGAGGAGAUCAAGGCAUUGCAGUUGAAGAAGGCUCGAAUGCUGGAUUUGGCUCGUUCUGAAGUAAGUGCAAUAGACGCAAAAGUUGAGUCACUGCGAAAUUGAUGGGAGCUUCCUUUUACUAAUUUUUUUUUGCAAAAGGAAGUGUGUGAAAUAUUUGUAGCAGCAUCUUUUAUUUGCCAUCAAUUGAGUCACUUUGGCUACGU